AUGAGCGACUGGACAGACAACCCGUUUGCACAGGGCGAUGACAACGCCGACAAUCCGUUCAGUGACCCCUCGGUGACUGGAGCACAGACAAAAGUGCCCGAGUACAACCCGUUUGAUCAACCAAAGACAUCUGAUGUGAACCCCAACAGUCCAACGGCAACGACGACGGCUGCGGCGGCAACCACGUCUUCGUCAUCGACCAAUGCGGCCGUGUUUGGCUCCUCUUCACCAGAGCCCGCCACCAUGCAGCCCUCGCAGCCUGCACAGGACUCCAGCAGCACCGAUGCAGACGACAACCUUCCCGCAUGGGCGAAACCGGCGAGCCAGCAGCCAGCGACGACGACCACCACCGCCGCCGCCGCCACGACGACCUCGGGUGGCGGCGGGACGUCUGCGUACUCGGCAGAGGCGACGGCAGAGGCGCAACGACAGCGCACAGCACAGCAGAUUGAAACCCUCCGCCAAAUGGAGUAUGCUGAGCGCGAGCGGCGUGCGCGGCACCAGGCCCUCGUCGACCAGAAGGGCCGGCCCCCAAACUUCCCAAACUUCCCAUCGUGGAUGCGCAAGGGCUGCAUCCAGCCAUGCUUCCACAUUGACAUCUCCACUGAGAUUCCCGUCAUUGGGCAACGCGUCACACGCAUCGCCUACUACUCUUGGAUGUUUUACUCGUUCACGCUCGUGUGGAAUUGGAUUUGCUGCCUGGCGCUCCUCUCCGUCAACAUCAGCAAGACCGACGUGUCCGCGGGCGUGGCGACUGCGUUUCUGCUGCUGUUUAUGCCGUGCUCGUACUUCUGCUGGUUCCAACAACUCUACACGGGAAUGCGCACCGACUCGUCUCUCAAGUUUGGAUGGUUCUUCCUCGUCAUGGGCGUCCAGUUUCUGGCGUCGACGUUUUAUGCUGUCGGUAUCAACGGCACCGGCGGGUCGCUCGAGUCGAUGACACAGGAGGCGGCGGUGGGCGUUGCCUCGAAUCAGGCCGUGCAGCGCGCAGCCGUCAAGGGCGCCGUCACGGCCGCAUCCUCAUCCUCAUCCUGA